AUGGGUCGGUCGCGAUCAGCCAAGCAGCCAGGCAGCCGAGCAGCGUCUAGUGCUUUCGUCUCGACGUGGUUCGCGACCCGGUUGAUAGUGUCCCGUGAUGCCAUUCCUUGGAUGAAUGUAACGCGUUGGAAACUGACUUGGCCUGGGUCUGGUUCGCCUGAAAAGCCUGUCCUGGACUCCUUGUCGGAGGCAACGAGACAAAGACUACAGCUUCGCGUGCCCUGCCCUGCCCUGCCCUGCCCUGCCCGAGACUGGCUGGUUGAUGCGACCCAAUGUCGUGACAGCGGCCUGGCCAGGCCAAGAGACGGAAGACGGAAGCUUGCGCAUGCGGAGUCUGGCCAACGGGGUGCAGAUAUGUAG